AUGGCUCUAUGUUGUGCAAUAUCAAAUGAAGUGCCAGAAGUGCCUGUUGUUUCUCCAUCGUCAGGUGCUAUUUUUGAGAAAAGAAUUAUAGAAAAAUACAUUAUUGAAAAUGGUGUAGAUCCUAUUAGUGGGAAAGAAUUGCGUGUGGAAGAUCUAAUUGAAAUUAAAACUCCACCAAUUGUAAAACCGAAGCCUCCCAGUGCUACAUCAAUCCCAGCCACAUUAAAGAGUAUGCAAGAUGAGUGGGAUGCUCUCAUGCUUCACACAUUCACUCAACGUCAACAACUCCAGACUGCAAGACAGGAACUGAGUCAUGCUUUAUAUCAACACGACGCAGCAUGUCGUGUAAUCGCACGUCUCACAAAGGAAGUCACGGCCGCCCGAGAGGCGCUAGCUACGCUCAAGCCACAAGUUGCAGUUGUUGCUCCUCAACCCACGCAUGCGGUGGAGGGUGGGGUUGCGGCCGGCGCGACGGCGGUGGGGAUGUCGGGCGAGGUGGUGGCGCGGCUGCAGGAGCGCGCCACCGCGCUCACGCAGGAGCGCAAGCGCCGCGGCCGCACCGUGCCCGAGGGCCUGCUGCCGCCCGACCAGAUACGGGCCUUUAUCACGCUCGCCUCGCAUCCCGGAUUACACUCGGCCAGUGUGCCUGGCAUCCUGGCGCUGGACAUCAACCCUUCGGAUCAAAGCCGGCUGCUGACGGGUGGCAACGACCGCAACGCCACUGUCUUCAACAAGGACACCGAGCAGGUGGUUGCCAUCCUCAAGGGACACACCAAGAAAGUGACGCGCGUCAUCUACCACCCGGACGAGGACACGGUCAUCACCGCCUCGCCGGACCACACUAUACGCGUCUGGAACGUGCCCACGUCCCAGACGUCGGUGAUACUCCGUUCGCACGACGGCCCUGUCACAGGCCUGUCGCUCCACCCAACUGGAGACUAUGUUCUCUCCACGUCCACUGACCAGCACUGGGCCUUCUCUGACAUCCGCACAGGUGCACUGCUUACCAAAGUGAGCGACUCUUCUGGCGUCAGCCUCACCACGGCGCAGUUCCAUCCGGACGGGCUUAUCUUCGGAACGGGCACAGAAAACUCGCAGGUCAAGAUCUGGGAUUUGAAAGAACAGAGCAAUGUCGCAAACUUUCCUGGUCACGUGGGCCCCGUCACGUCUAUAUCGUUCUCUGAGAACGGUUACUACCUUGCUACAGCAGCUGAGGAUGCUUGUGUGAAGCUGUGGGAUCUGCGUAAGCUGAAGAACUUCAAGACCAUUCAGUUGGAAGAAGGAUACGUUAUUAAAGAGUUGUGCUUUGAUCAGAGUGGUACAUAUCUGGCCAUAGCUGGUACGGAUGUGAGGGUGUAUCUGUGUAGACAGUGGCAGGAGUUGAAGGUGUUCAACGAUCACACCGCUUCAGCAACAGGAGUCCGCUUUGGCAAAAACGCUCAGUACAUAGCUUCCACGAGUAUGGACCGCACGCUCAAACUGUAUGGUUUAGAGUAA